AUGAAAAGUGUAAAAUUCAUUAUUUUUGUUAUUUUUUGUUUUACUUCAUUAGUUAAUUCCUAUGUAAUAGAUGAAAGUAUUAAUUUAAUACCUCUAGAUAAUAAUUUGGUACAUAUUAAAAUAAAAUUGAAUAUUAAUGGAAAAGAUUAUAAGCAAUUUCUUCCUUUAAAUAUAUUAAAAAUAUUUAAUUAUGUAAAGUCACUUAAAAUUAAUAUAAAAAGAGGUGUGUAUAGAAAUAUUUAUAAUAAUAAAUAUUUGGAUUCUUAUCCUUUUGGUUUUACUCUUGUAGUGGAAUUAAAAAAAAGAGAAAAAAAUAAAAAUAAUUUUUCUAAAAGAAAUGAAUAUGAUGAAUUUUCAAAUGAGGAAGUAUUCCUUCUACGACAACUAUUAAAUGAUAUUUGGUCUAUUACGGGUGUGUCAACUAACCUUUUGAAAAUAAAAGAUUUGAUUAAAGUAAAUAAUGAAAUUUUUGCAUUUUUACCUGAUGAAAGUAUUUGUACUGAAAGUUUUUCAUUAAUUAAGAAACUUUAUCCCUGCAAAAACUUUGGAGGGUUAUUUAAUUCUGUAAGUCCCUCAUAUUUAAUAUCGAAACUUUCUAGUAAUAUAGGCUUUGAGUUAAAUGAUGAUAAUGAAAAUUAUUUAGUUAUGUAUGUUGAUUAUAUUACAACACAUGAUCACAAAAAAGAUAUAAAGAUAAUAGAUUUGGUAAAUAGUAAAUAUAAUUUGAAUGAAUGUCCAUUAAUAGAUAGAACAGCAUUAAUGGUUAAAAAAAAAAAAGAUAAUUUUAUUGCAACAAUUUUGGAAAAAUAUGGAAAGAUAGAUUUGGUAUAUGAAAAUAUAAAUUUAUACAACAUUCUGCAAAACGAAAAAUACAAUAUUAUAGAAGAAUAUAUAAAUGUUAACGUAAUCAAAGAAGAAGCAAAUAGCAUAAUAACAGCUGAUAUAAAAAAGAAACAGAGUUCAUUAUUAUAUAUAUUUCAAAAUUUAAAUAAAAAACAUAAUAGCGAUUUUUUAUUCGUUGAUAAAUUACCAUAUUAUUUAUCACCAUUGCUCCAUACUAUAAUGAUUCAAGGGAAGUAUUCUAAUGAAGACAAUAAAUUGAAAAAACAAUGUGACUUUAUAUAUUUUGGGCAUAAUGCAAUUAAACGAUUUGAUGUUAAAUUUAGUAAUUUUGACAUACAUAAAAACUCGUCAAGUAAUGGAAACUAUUACUACUUUAAUUUUAAACAUAACCUGCCUCCUCAAUGUGAAGUUAUAAUAAGAUUUGAAGUAAUCAAGGUGCAAAUAAGAUCAUUUGAAUUUGAAUUUGAUAUAGAUAGAGGUAUUUUAUUAGGAAGUGGAAUAUUCAUACAAAAAAGAAAUAAUAUUUUACAAAAAAAUGAUGAUUUUAUGUAUAAAUAUACCUCUUCAGUAUUAAUAGAUAUUAUUUUACCUGACACAAGUAUGCCUUUUAAUGUUAUAGCCAUUUCAACUUGUGUUAUAAUGUUAUUUUUUGGGUUUAUAUUUAAGCUUACGGCAAAGGAAGAAACAAGAUAUGUUUGA